AUGAUGGCUUCCUUGAACCCCUUCAACAAGACCAGGGGGCGCCACGGGGGCAGCAGCUCGACCUCGAGGAGCAGCGGGGGCAGGGGGGGGGCAGAGGCGGUGCCACGGAGCUACGCCGUGAACGGAGUCCGGUCCAGCUCCGAGCGGCUCCCGGAGCAAGGGGACGAUCCACUGCUACAAGCAAGGAGGCAAAGUGAGAGCGCUGUCCGCUCCGAGUUUGCUGCUUCCGCGGGCGGCGCCGGUGGGUCGAGGGCAGAUGGGGGUGUUGUGGUCGGCGAGUGGGCGCCGGGCGCGACAGCCAUGGCACCGAAGGCCACAGUGGGCUUGACUGAGUCGAAAGCUGACGAAGACUCACCAUCCGUGUUGUACAAGGGCAGGUACGAGGAGGCGGAGUGUAACAUGCCCAUGAUCUCGGAACUCGCCGAUGCGACGGAGAUGUCGCUGACAACUUCCAUCGUAACACGCGGAGAGCUCGACCUCGUGCAAAACCGGCUUGAGUGGGACGUAUCGCGGGUGACCGCCAUGCACUUCUUGGGGUACUACACUUCACAGGGAGUAACCGCGCCGGACGACACGUGCCAAGGGAGGCGGCUCGUCGAGAAGGUCGUGACGUACAUGAACAAGUACGUGGAUUUCUUCGCGAACUUGUGCCAGCAGGGCUACCAGUUCCAGCGGUAUAAGCCGUCGCACAUCGCCGCGGCCGCUAUACUUACCGCGCGGAGAGCACUCUGCAUAAAACCGAUGUGGCGAGACGAGCUGACCGACCUGACGGGCUACAAGCUGGAGGAAAUAUCUGAUUGUGGCGAGGACCUGUGGCACUUCUACGAGAAGAUGUUCCCGUUGCACAGGUCUACAGCCUGUGGGAACCGUUCGUACAAGCCGUAA